CUAAAAACAGUGGAGCAACAAGGUUUAGAUGAAGGGCUUCACUCUCUUAUAGAUCAGACCACUGGAGAGUUUGAUCUCGACUAUAUAUCUGGAGUGCAAUCUAAAAGUCAUACUAAUACAAAGAAAAACUUUACAGCUCUUAAUGCUUCCAAAGUAGAUCACAAUGUCCCAAGGCAUCGGUGUGUGUUAUGUAACAAGGAGUUUCUAGGUGGUCACAUUGUUAGGCAUGCCCAGGCUCAUCAGAAAAAAGGCAGUUUUUCAUGUGUAAUAUGUGGUAGGAAAUUUAGAAACAGAGGACUUAUGCAGAAGCAUUUGAAAAAUCAUGUUAAGAAAAUACAGAGACAGCAGAUUGCUGUAGCCCAACUAGAAGAUCAGGAAAUCCCUGCUUUGGAAGAAAUAAAUUGUUCUGAUUCUUCCAUUUCAUAUGAAAAUGGUAACUCUGAUAAUAAGAAUUUGGAAGUAGAGCCACUUACUGCUUCCAGUGAUGGGAACAAAGAAGUCAUCCCUGAGCGUAUGGCUGAAUUCAUAGAAAUUCCUGUAAGUGUAUCAGAAGAUGUUAUUGAAAACAUUAUUAAAAACGGUAGUCCUGAUACCUCUUUAAACAAUGUUCUGGAGCCUUUACCUGAAUGUGAAGAUGAUGAUGAAGAGGAGGAGGAAGAAGGCGAUUAUGAGGAAGAUGAUUAUGACCUGAACCAAGAAACUUCAGUACUUCAUAAAAUCAAUGGAACUGUGUGCCAUCCAAAAGACAUAUAUGCUACAGAUCAAGAAGGAAAUUUUAAGUGUCCUGCUCUUGGUUGUAUCAGGAUAUUUAAAAAGAUUGGAUUUCUAAAUAAACAUGCAAGGACUGUACAUCCAACUGAUUUAAAUGUGCGGCAAACAGUAAUGAAAUGGAGUAAAGGAAAAUGCAAAUUUUGUCAAAGGCAAUUUGAAGAUUCUCAACAUUUUAUAGAUCACCUUAACAGACAUAGCUAUCCAAAUGUGUAUUUUUGUUUGCAUUUUAAUUGCAGUGAAUCCUUUAAACUGCCAUUCCAGCUUGCUCAGCAUAUAAAAAGUCACAGGAUAUUUCAAGCUCAGUGUAGUUUUCCAGAAUGUCAUGAGCUUUUUGAAGAUCUUCCUCUACUGUAUGAACAUGAAGCUCAGCAUUAUUUAAGUAAAACACCAGAAUCAUCUACACAACCAAGUGAAUCAAUUCUUUGGGAUGUUCUUACAGACUCGACUCCUGAUCAUCAGGAGAAUGACUCAUCUAGUAAUGAGAAUCAAGUUAUUAGUCUGCCAGUUUCUACAAGCAAAUCAAGGAAAGAUUAUACAGAACCAAAGAUGUGUAUAGAAAGUAUGGAGAAGAAAACAGACAGUUUAGUUCAGAAUGGAAAUGAACAUGCUGAUGACACUGUUUCAGAUAUAUGCUUGAGAGACCAAAAGAUGCCUGACAUAGAGCCAAAUUCUGAAAAUAAUUGUACCAUUAGUGAUCAUUUAGUAAAUGGACACAGUGAAAAAGGACAAACACCUUUACUUUUAUCAGAUCCUGCUUUGAAAAUUGAUACAAAUAGAACCAGGACAGAAAAUGGUUCCAUUUUACCCAGUGUUGUAUCACAGGAACACAAUACCCUGCCAAUAUCUCAGGCACCUUCCAAACCAAAUCUGACAAGUGAACAUACUUCAUAUGGCUUAAUUUUAACAAAGCCAUAUGUCAGACCACUGCCUCCCAGUUACCUCGAUGAACGGUACCUUAGUAUGCCAAAACGCAGAAAAUUUCUGAGUGAUAGGGUAGAUACCUGUUCUGAUCAAGAUAAUGUUUGUAAAAAAUCAGUGAAAAGAUUAAGAUGUGGCAAAUGCCUGACCACCUACUGUAAUGCAGAAGCACUUGAGGCUCACCUUGCACAAAAGAAAUGUCAGACACUCUUUGGAUUUGAUUCAGAUGAUGAAAGUAAGUCUGCAAUCUUCUCAGUAGGUUUAUCUGUAGAAAUAGAAAAUGCUAUCGAUAAAACUAUAAUAGAUUUUUAUGUAGUUAAAAAAUUAACAUUUGUAUAG